UAUCAAUUACCCUAAUUUCAUGGGUUUAUUGGUGCUAAGUUGGUUUCCAUUUUGAGCCCUUGGAUGAUGCCCGAAAGCUGAUUCACCGCCGUCCGAUUGUGUUACCUUCUCUGUUGUUGGGCUGAAACAGAGUAUUAGUAUUUGAUUGAGGUCUAUCUGUCUGUCUGUCAUAUGUUGGGAAGAAGACAAAGAGAUUCCCAAGUGGGUUUUGCUCAGCAGCUCUUUGUUCAAACUGGGUCUGUGACUCAGCACCUGGUCUCUCUCUCUCUCUCUCUCUCUCUCUCUCUCUCUCUCUCCUCUGUGUGUUUCUGCUGGGAUAAAAAAACAUUUCUUUGUGAUCUCAUGUUGUUGAUGCUGGUGACUGGCCAUGAAAAUUUAAUGCACAACCACCGCUUUCACAUGCAGCUAUGAAGUUAAUAGCUUUCACUGUAAGGACCAACCUCUGAUCUUUGGGCCCUUACGACUUUAUUCACUGUAUUCACGCCAUACGGAUCUUCACCAUCAAUCUCACUUGGCUAAAAAGAUUUGGAAUUUAUUAUGUCAAUUUCGGAGAAAUCACUGCCCUGCUCUCCUUCUUCUUCCUCCUCUUCAUUGUCAUCGAUGUCGGUCCAAGAGUUUGAUCCAUUGUUAAAAGAUUUGAACGAGAAAAAGCAGAGCUUUCGGCGGAACGUGGUGUCUUUAGCAUCGGAGUUGAAGGAGGCUCGGAACCGCUUAGCUUCUCAAGAGCAAUCAUUUGUAAAAGAAACACUUACAAGACAGGAAGCACAGAUGAAGGCUAAAAACUUGGAAGAGGAGAUUGGUAGAUUGCAGAAGAGAUUGGAACAUAGAAAUGAGAAGCUUGAGGCUUCAGCAUCUACUGCUGAGAAGUACCUCACGGAAUUGGAUGGUCUGAGAUCACAGCUUGCAACCACUCGGGCAACUGCAGAUGCUAGUGCUGCAUCAGCUCAGUCGGCACACCUUCAGUGUUCAGCACUUUUGAAGGAAUUAGAUGAAAAGAAUUGCUCAUUAAAAGAGCAAGAUGAUCGUGUAAUUAGGCUAGGAGAGCAAUUAGAUAAUCUGCAGAAGGACCUUCAGGCACGAGAGUUUUCCCAGAAGCAACUGAAAGAUGAAGUUUUGAGAAUUGAGCAUGACAUUAUGCAAGCUGUUGCAAAAGCAGGGGUGAACAAGGACUGUGAGCUGAGGAAAAUAUUAGAUGAGGUUUCACCAAAGAAUAUUGAGAAGAUUAAUAAGCUUUUAGUUGCGAAGGAUGAAGAAAUAGCAAAGUUGAGAGAUGAAAUCAGGGUAAUGUCUGCUCAUUGGAAGCUCAAAACUAAGGAGUUUGAAUCACAGUUGGAGAAACAACGGCGAGCAGAUCAGGAACUGAAAAAGAGGGUAUUGAAAUUAGAGUUUUGUCUCCAGGAAGCUCGUUCUCAAACACGAAAGCUUCAAAGGAUGGGUGAGCGAAGAGACAAAGCUUUGAAAGAGCUCAGAGAUCAGUUACAGCGGGGUGGCGGUGGAGCUUCAGCCUCUGAAAGCCAAAGUUUCUGGGAAAGCUCUGGUUUCAAAAUUGCGGUGUCCAUGUCCAUGUUGAUCUUGGUGGUGUUCUCAAAGCGAUGAAAUAGUUGCACUAUCGAGCUGUUGAUGUAUAAAGAACAUGAAUCUUUAGUUUUUAGUCAAGGAAUUAGAAAUAGUGCAUAGGCCACAGUAGAAAUGCUCAUUGUAGAGGUUCUUAUCGUGUAACAAUAUCCGAGAAUGCAAUUUUGUUUUUCUUGUUAAAUCCACAUUAGUGUAUGGAAAUUGAAUCCAUGUAUGGCAUUUUGGCUAUACUGUAUUUGCCAACAAUGUUGUAUUGGAUUUAUUUCCUUAUUUAUAAUUUUAUAGGAGACUUUUCUUUUUGACAUGUUAAUUAAUGUUCAACUUUUCUAGUAGGGAA